GAAGAGGAGGAGGAGGUGGUGGAGGAGGAGGAGGCGGCUCAGGGCAAUCGAGAAGCGAGCCGGAGCGCGGGGCGCGAGUCGAGGAGCCCAGCCGAGCCGCCGCCGCCUCCCCGCCUUCAGCGAGAGCCCCGGCCAGGGGCCCGCCACAACGCGCCCGGGCCUGCCUCGGCGUCAGGCCCCGUGGGCAGCGCCAGGCAGCCAGGGGGAGGGCGAGUAAGUGAGCGCCCGGAGGAGGCGGCCGGAGCGAGCGGGCGCCGCGCGUGUGGCGUGAGGGGAAGCCGCUGGCCGCCCCCUUGGCCGUCCCUUCGCUCCCCCUCCCCGCUCCCCGCCCCAACCGCGGAGGGCACCAUGUCUGCGCCGACGGCCAAAGUCAGUAAAAAGGAGCUCAACUCCAAUCACGACGGCGCCGACGAGACCGCAGAAAAAGAACAGCAAGAAGCAAUUGAACAUAUUGAUGAAGUACAAAAUGAAAUAGACAGACUUAAUGAACAAGCCAGUGAGGAAAUUUUGAAAGUAGAACAAAAAUAUAACAAACUCCGCCAACCGUUUUUUCAGAAGAGGUCAGAAUUGAUCGCCAAAAUCCCCAAUUUUUGGGUAACAACGUUUGUCAACCAUCCACAAGUGUCCGCCCUGCUCGGGGAAGAGGAUGAGGAGGCUCUGCAUUAUUUGACCAGAGUUGAAGUGACAGAAUUUGAAGACAUUAAAUCAGGUUACAGAAUAGAUUUUUAUUUUGAUGAAAAUCCUUACUUUGAAAAUAAAGUUCUCUCCAAAGAAUUUCAUCUGAAUGAGAGUGGUGACCCAUCUUCAAAGUCCACCGAAAUCAAAUGGAAAUCUGGAAAGGAUUUGACAAAGCGCUCAAGUCAAACGCAGAAUAAGGCCAGCAGGAAGCGGCAGCACGAAGAGCCAGAGAGCUUCUUUACCUGGUUCACUGAUCAUUCUGAUGCAGGUGCAGAUGAGUUAGGAGAGGUCAUCAAAGAUGAUAUUUGGCCAAAUCCCUUGCAGUACUAUUUGGUUCCUGAUAUGGAUGAUGAUGAAGGGGAGGCGGAAGAUGAUGAUGAUGAUGAUGAAGAAGAAGAAGGGUUGGAAGAUAUUGAUGAAGAAGGGGAUGAGGAUGAAGGUGAAGAAGAUGAAGAUGAUGAUGAAGGGGAGGAAGGAGAGGAGGAUGAAGGCGAGGAUGACUAGCACAGAAGACUGAUGGAUUCCAACUUUCUUUUUUAUUUUCUUUUUAUUUUUUUAAAUUUUCUCCAGUCCCUGGGAGCAAGUUGCAGUCAUUUUCCUCCCCUUAACCCUUGUGCUCAGUCGCCCUAUUUUGAGGUCUCUCUUAACACCAUGGUUUUCAACUUAUUUGGGGGGAAAUAACCUUGAGCAAAAUACAACAGGAAAAGAAUCUUCUCUGUUCUAAAUUCAUUUUUAUCCUUUCUUGUCUCAAAAACUGUGGAUUCAAUACCAACAUUGUUCUCUGUGGGAAAAAAAGCAGCCCUCUCGUUUCCCGGGCUCUCGAGGCGGAGGGUGCGAGGCCCCUGUGUAGUAGUGCAUAGAAUUCUAGCUUUUUUCCUUUCUCUGUCUAUUGGGCUCAGAGAUUACACUGUGUCUCUAUGUGAAUACAGACAGUUAGCAUUUACCAACAUGUAUCUGUCUACUUUCUCUUGUUUAAUAAAAAGGAAAAAGGGGGGGUAUAGAAGGUCAGCAAAGGGUGGGUUUGAGGUGUCUGGGGGUUUGGCAUGUUUAAUUGUGAUGUUUAACGGACAUCCUUGCAGUUUAAGGUGACACUUUUAAAAUAAAAUUCUCUCCUAACGAUGAUUUGAGCCCUGCCACUCAAUGGGAGAAUCAACAGAAUCUGUAGGGUUUUAUUUGAAUUUGACGUUCUCUGUUGUAACCUUAUUUUUAAUUUUUAAAUUUUUUUUGUUUUCACUGGAAGGAAAAGAUGCUCAUUUUAAAUGUUAAUGUGUACAAGUUGCUUUGUUACAAUAAAACCAAUGUGUACACAAAGGACCUGAUGCUUUUCUGUGAGAACAGAUGCUCAAUAUGACCUUCCAAGUUUGACCUGCAUAAUGACAUCAUGUGUCAAACUUUGUUUCCCUAACUUGGUAUUUUUGAUACGCACUUUGCAGGAUGACCUCAGGGCUAUGCAGACUGAGUUAAAGGGAUUUGAAUCAUGUCUUAAUGUCUCCGUAACUGAGUGAGGGUACAGUUGCUUCCCUGGACUUGUACCCUUGAUUUUUAUCUCAAUUUGGCAUUUUUUAAAAUGGGCCUUUAGUUACCUGGAUAUUAUGACAGCACUUGCUCCCACUGUGUCACUGACCUGUUGCUCUAAUGCCAUCUGUAUGGACGACAGCUGCUGGCGGGUCUUCAUUGGCAGUGUGAACUGGCCAAGAAGGUGGCUGUCAGAGUAAGCAGUCCAUGAGGUGGUCGGGAGUAUUCUGUCCCAGGUAUGUAGCAGAAGCUCUCAGAUGUGACUCUGAGUCUGGGUGGAUGAAGAGCUCUGUCUGCUCAGUGCCACUGUGCAGAGAACAAUGUUUCGGGAAGCUACCUGAUGCAUAAGCUUUUUAAUGCUGUAAAAUAGAGCUAAAAUUAAAUGCCACUUUUUCAGAGAUGAUUAAUGGACAGCCUGGUCAAAUUCAAAGCUUUUUGAUGUAUAAAACUUUAUAAAUGGAACUACUCCAUCGCUAGGCAAAGUGUAACCAAAAUCUGUCUAGAUGGAUAGUGUGUAAUUUCUGCACAGGACUCUGUUUAGUAAAUACAUCACUGUAUACGUCAGGAAUCUUGCUCCAAUAAAGGAACGUAAAGAUUUUUUUUGGACUGGG